CCCUGUGCACCUCAUGUGCGAAACCCAGCUCCACACACUUAAUUCAUACUUCAUUCGCAAUCUUCAAACAACCCGCAGAAACCUCCUCAGCAUUUUUUCUCGCUCUGACAACCCAAGCUUAAAUGAGUGUUUGCAGCCAUUUUUACUGAUAUCAGUGACAGAGAGAGAUGAUUUUCGAUGAGUAGCCUACAGUUCUUGACCCAUUCAGCUUUCCAUACACAUCCAGUCUAUCAUGACAACAUUGGCCGCAUAAUAAAAACACAAUCACCGUGUAAAAUUAAACAAGGUCCACUGGCGGAAAGGACAUGAUUACCGUGAUCUUGACAUUAUCAAUGUAGAUGUGUGCGUUUUUUAACCAUCGAAGGAAGGAUAUUAUCUCGCAUUUGACAUCUAACAAUUUUGGAAUAACCUUGGAACGGAAUUUUAUACUGUAGCUGUUUGGCGUGAAUAAUUAAUUGAUUAUGCCAGCUCAGGGGAAACCCACCCCCGACGGAGGGAGCCGAGACGCCAAAGCUGCCGCGGCGCUCAACAGUCAGAGCGCUCAGGACAAUUCGAUGAAAGUAUCUCAAAUAACCGAAUUUGAAUCUCUGUUCACAAUUGAUAAGGAACUUGGCAAGGGUGCCACAUCAGUAGUGCAUAAAUGUUUUGAAAAAGGAACAAAUCGACCAUUUGCAGUCAAGAAAGUAAAGAAAACUCCUGACAUGAAAGUCUUCAACGCAGAAGUCAGUAUACUGCAGAGUAUAAACCAUCCAAACAUAAUCAAGCUAGUAAACCUGUUUGAGGAUGAAUGCAAUGUCUAUCUUCAGUUAGAGUUAGUAACGGGAGGAGAACUUUUUGAAAGGAUCGUUGAGCGAGGGUACUAUAGUGAGAGGGAUGCCGCAAAGUGUGUCAGGGAAAUCUGCCAAGCUGUCUCGUAUCUCCAUUCUCAAGCCAUUGUGCAUAGAGACCUCAAGCCAGAGAACCUGCUGUAUGAGAACAUGAGCGACGAGGCACCCCUUAAACUGGCUGACUUUGGCCUUUCAAAAAUCAUGGACCAGGAUGUUUUCAUGAAGACCGUGUGUGGAACGCCUGGAUACUGCGCACCAGAGGUUCUACAUGGGAAGGCGUACCAUAUGGGAGUGGAUAUGUGGAGUAUAGGAGUAAUUACUUACAUCCUUCUCUGUGGAUUCGAACCAUUCUAUGAUGAAAAAGGAGACAAACAUAUCUACAAAAAGAUCCUGAAGGCUGACUAUGCCUUCAUCUCACCUUGGUGGGACGAUAUCUCCACCAGCGCCAAGGAUUUCAUCAGUAGACUGCUGGUGACAGAUCCAGAGAAAAGAUUAACGGCAAAACAAGCCCUUCAGCACCCAUGGGUACGGGCAGAAAACAGCGCAGCUAGUACCAAGAACAUACCGUGCGCAACCAUAGAGAAUAUCAAGGAAUUCAAUGCCAAGAGAAAAUUGAAGGCUGCAGCCGCCGCAGUGAUUGCCAUGCAACGUCUAGGAGGUAUGGGUGAUAUUUUCUCUCACUUGGCCGCCGGUGCUGCCGCCGCAGGAAGCUCCGACUCCAACACCAUGAAAGGUGCCGUAAUGGCAGCCGCAGCGACAGCCUCGGCAGCGGAAUAGGAGAGUUAACCCUUCUGUGGGAUGAGAGCCCCUUUCCUCGUUUACAGGAUUUCUCUUUUGUAAACUGGGACGAUGGGUCUAGCCAAGUGUACAAGGUUUAUUGAGUUCAAGAAAAGCAUUGUUAAAAGUUGCAUUUGGCCUGUAAGUGAAUCUAUGUUAAUUGAACAAGCUCAUGUCACAAAUACUGCCCACUGUAUAAAACUUGAAAUCUAUAGACAGUUGGUCUAUCUAUUCAGGCUGAACAACAUAAUGGUUGCAUCAAAGAAUGGUCUUUUUAUGGACAGGCUCAAAUCGAUCUGCACGUCCAGAAGAUGGGUCAAAUUGACAAAUAAUCUUGAAGAGAACUAUGUUUGUGGUCUUUUAGUAAUGGAUUCAAAUUCAUUUGCAGGUUCAGAAGGGAUCUGGAUUGAUUAUAAGUGAACCACUUGUUAUGAACCGUUCCCAUUAUGACCAAAGUUGAUAUGCGAUAGAGUCAGUGUAACAUAAUCUUUUUUAUAUAUAUUCAGGAUUUAAACUUUGUCCAUUUUGAGAUGUAAUUUCUACUCAAAUAUAGACUUCAUCAGUUUAAGAUUUUAGGGUUUAGACCCUUUCUCGUAAUCCAUCCUUGAGAAGUUGACUCUUACAAAGCUUACUCAUUUUGCUUAUGAAGGGCUGUCCAUUCCAAAAGAUACUAAAUCAAUUUCUUGAGGAAAAUUGAGUUUUAGUUAGCAUGCCAUUGUUUAAGUAGCACAUGAAAAAAAAGACAAAAACAAAUUAAUCUUCAUUUGUGAUAGCAGUAGUUGGAAAUUGAUUUUUUAAGUUCGGUAGAUACCUGUAUAUUAAACUUAGCAAUAUUGAAAUCAUAACUUGUAGUAGCAUUUAGAACUGAGCUCUUCAAUUUUGUGCCCGUUCUUUCUAGUUGUAAUGAACAAAGUGGUAUAUGGGAUGUAAUGGACAAAAUAGUUAAACAGACUAAUUUAACAUUCAACUACAUUGCAAUGAAUAUUACAGAGUUUUACUGAACAGGUGAAAUGCAUGUGUUGUGAGUAUAACAGUUAUGGCAUUUGAUGUAUUAAUGAAAAGGCCAUGUCUAUUUUGCUAAUUUUGCCUAUGAAUAUUCUCUGCUUUAUAUGGAGUUUAGUUUGUAAAAUUAUAAAAUGGGGAUAUAAAGGGAUGUAAAAAAUUAAAACCUGGUAGAGAUGGUGCAAUUCUUUCACAAAUUGGAAAUAUGGUAGGUCUUAGAGAAAGAAUAGAGAAAAUUUAGUUCCCUUGUCAUGCAUAUUCAUGUGUUUUAGUAUACUUCAGGCUGAAAACGUUUUGCAGUUUAACAGUGUAGAGAAAUACUACAUGAUUCAAGAAAUUGAUUUUUAGAUUCAAGAUGAAACAUCAUCUAUCACUAUUUAUUUACAUUACCUGUAAAUAUAAUUGUUCAAAAACUUUCUGCACAUGUACAUAUUUUGCAGGAAAUAUUUGAUUGUCGAUUAGGAUGGCAUUGUUUUGAGAUUUUAUUAUUCAGACAAUCUGAGGUGGGUCUCUCAAUAGUGAGGACCAUGUCUGGAUUGUGUUUUGGGUAACCUCAAGUUGCAAGAUUGACUUCUUCUGUCUUGCUUCAUGAAGAGAAAAGAUCAUUCUAAUGCGCUAUUAUUGAGAUACCAAAAAGACAAAAGUUUGUUUUUGUCAAUGACACUUCAAGUAGUUUUGAUUAUUUUUAUUGUAUUGCACGGUGGGAGAAGUCUUGAAGAAUUUUAGUGAAACUUGUGAAAU